AUGGGAAUGACACGGCUUCCAUGCAGGUCCAGGAGUUUUUGCUUCGCUUUUAGUCUUUUUGUCAUUCUGCUUCACCAAACUGCUGCAGAAAGAACGCUGAAAUAUGUGGUUGCCAUUUUUCGACAUGGUGACCGAACUCCAAUUCAAAACUUUCCAACUGGUCUACACAAAGAAAGCAAAUGGCCACAGGGAUUUGGACAGCUUACCAAGAUUGGAAUGCAGCAGCAAUAUGAGCUUGGACAGUAUAUGCGGAAAAGAUACUCAAACUUCCUGAAUGCCACAUACAACCGGCAUGAGAUUUUCAUUCAAAGCACAGACUAUGAUCGAACCAUUAUGAGCGCUCAGGUAUAUCUCGCUGGACUCUUCCCCCCAGUGGCCAAUCAGAUCUGGAAUCCCCAGAUCCUUUGGCAACCCAUCCCGGUUCACACCAUGCCACUAUCACAAGACCAUAUGCUCCACUUUCCUACUUCUAACUGUCCAUGUUUUGAUGAACUUCAGAAUGAAACCCAGGCAUCAUGGCAAUUACAAAACAAGUUGCAACCCUAUAUGGGGUUUUUAAAAACUAUGGCAGCUAACACAGGAUAUGACGUGGACAGUCUCAAACAACUGCAUAAGUUCAAAACCUGGAAUGCAUACGAUACUCUGCUUUGUGAGAGUAUUCACAAUUAUACUCUCCCUGAAUGGGCUUCCCAAUGUGUAAUGAAGAAGAUGAAGGAGCUGGCAGCAUUGUCCUUACAGUCACUCUUUGGGAUAUACAAAACAAGAGACAAAUCACGACUACAGGGAGGUGUCCUGGUGAAUGCUAUUCUAAAAAACAUCAAAAACGCCACUCAACCAUCAAACAAGAGAAAAAUGCAGAUCUUUUCUGCACAUGACACCACAAUUGGUGCCCUACAGAUGGCGCUCAAUAUUUUCAAUGGAAAACUGCCACCGUACAGUGCUUGCCAGUUUUUUGAACUCUACCAAGAAAACAGUGGGCACUACAGCAUUGAAAUGCACUAUCGGAAUGACUCCUUGACGGAUCCUUAUCUACUCAGGCUACCAGGCUGCACGUCUCCUUGUCCACUUGAGAAGUUUGCUAAGUUGGUCUCUCCUGUCAUAGUGAAAAACUGGUCAAAAGAAUGUGGAAAGUGUCAGACUUUCUAUGAGUUUGUACUGCACAGAAGGAAAGCUGGGCAGAAGAAGAUGCACAUUUCUGAGGACAAGUCUGGGACUGAGAAUUUGGUGGUGUCAUUCUACAACAUAAUUCAGGAGUGGCUGGCUGGAAGCAAACAUAUAAUUCACCUAGGAGUGACCGUGCACGCUAGAAGAUGGAUGAGAAUAGGACAGGAGUAG